AUGGACCCCGUGUGUAAUGGAGCCAAAAAACAAGAGGGCGCCGAUCCCAGCACAGAAGCGAGGCCCCCUCCUGCCAAGAUGGCCCGUCUGGAGCAACAUGGACUUGGAUGCUCAGUGCAGGAAAGGAAUAAGCAAGGGAGUCCAGGUACCAAAAACCCGUAUGUGGUCCAGAAACCUGCCACAGGGAGGAGUCAACAUAGGAGCACUCAGCAGCCAAGAGGAAGCUCCUUACCUGUCUUCUGUGUGGUCGAGCACAUGGAAAAUCCAGCGGAGGGCGAGCGGAAAGACGGCCACGCCGAAUUCGUUCUCAUCAAGCGUGAUCUGCUCUUCAACCAGCUCAUCGAGAUGGCCUUGCUAACAUUAGGCUACUCGCACAGCUCUGCUGCUCAAGCCAAAGGUUUGAUCCAAGUGGGCAGGUGGAACCCACUCCCACUAUCUAGCGUGACGGACGCUCCAGACGCCACAGUAGCAGAGAUGCUGCAGGAUGUCCAUCAUGUCAUCACGCUUAAAAUACAGCUGCAGAGCUGCCCCAAACUGGAGGACUUGCCAGCAGAGCAGUGGACCCACUCGACAGUGAGGAACUCGCUGAAGGAACUCCUCAAGGACAUGAACCAGAGUUCACUAGCCAAGGAGUGUCCUUUGUCUCAGAGCAUGAUAUCAUCUAUCGUCAAUUGCACGUACUACGCCAACGUCUCAUCGGCCAAAUGUCAGGAGUUUGGACGAUGGUACAAACACUUCAAGACAUCUAAAAACAACAAAAUCGACACCUUCUCCGACCAACCCUCCCAUAAUCCCAUCACUCCGCAACCCAUCACCGGCAACGCCUCUGAUCAGACCUCCAACCUUCUUUACCUCCACGGAGGCCUCUCCAACAUGGUUUCCGGAGCCCCCUCUCACAAUAUUUGCAACUCCGGGUUGCUCACUCAAACUCUCAGCAGAUCUCAGCAGCAAGUCAUGACUCAAAUUCUAAACCAACAAUACGCCGUCCGCCUCAUGCUAGGAGGACAGGGGCUCUCACCGGCUUCCCAACAGUUUAUCAAUCACUCAAGAUCUCCUGGCAAGGUCUUCCCUAAAGACCAGCAACCCCCCCAGCAAGACAGCGGUCCACCGACCCAACAACAAACGUCAUCCGGCUCUUGUCUGGGUUUAGUCGACGUUCCCAAUGACAUCUACCACUGCGUACGCGAGGAGAUGAAGCGAGCGGGGAUUUCUCAAGCCAUCUUUGCUCGGGUGGCUUUCAACAGGACGCAGGGCCUUCUGUCAGAGAUUCUACGAAAGGAAGAAGAUCCUAAAAAUGCCUCUCAGUCCCUCCUGGUCAACCUGCGGGCAAUGCACGGCUUCUUGCAGCUGCCCGAGGCAGAACGAGAGCGUUUCUACCAGGAAGAGAAAGAGCGAAGCCUGACCGGAUUGACGCCGAGUUGCAACAACACACCACCAAGAUGCACUCAGGCCAGACUGUCACCAGUUUCAAUAGACAGAUGCGCGAGGACAGAUAGUUGCGUUCUCAACGUCAGCGCAUCAAUAUAUGAGGAAAUUCAGCACGAAAUGAGGCGGGCGAAGGUGUCUCAGGCUUUGUUCGCCAAGGUGGCUGCAUCCAAGAGUCAGGGCUGGCUGUGCGAGCUGCUUCGUUGGAAGGAAGAUCCCAGUCCGGAGAACCGAACCCUGUGGGACAACUUGUGCAUGAUUCGCCGUUUCCUGAGCCUGCCUCAGACGGAAAGAGACGCUAUUUACGAGCGAGAGAGCAUGAACGGCCCCGCCCAAAACUGCACCGAGAGACGUACGCUACUGGGCAAUGAAAAUGUGAUGUAUCAACGCACCGCUCUGCUGUCUCAGCAACACCACCUCCAAGCCCACCAACCUUUACACCCAGAAGCAGGCCCUCAUUCGUCUCCACGGCAACCGUGCGCCGCAUCCCCCGCCGAGCUAGAGACCGGCAGCAACUGGGGGCUUUUGAGGGUCAGCGUUCAAGGCGGGAGCAGCCGCAAUGGCGAGGACUCAGCUGAAGGAGAAAAUGCCUGUUUCGACGUGGAGUGGAAUGAAGAAACUGAAGGUAGAGAAAGCGUAAAGGAUGAAAAACUCACAGAGAAGUUCCAAGUAGAGUGGGCCACCGGUGAAGUCCAACAAAUGGGAUUGGAAGUAUCCCACGAAGCUUUGGGUAUUCUCCAGAGCUUCAUCCAAGACGUGGGCCUCAACCCUGACGAAGAGGCCAUCCACACCUUGUCGGCUCAGCUGGACUUGCCCAAACACAUCAUCCGCAGCUUCUUCAACAGCCAAUACCUGGUCAGUGCUCGACGCCAUGAGCAGUGCUGCAGUCAGAUCUUCAAACACAGACAAGAGAACCAGCAUCUUAAAAGAAUUGAGGAACUUAAAGUGGAAGAGGAGGUCAAAUUUGACGAGGAAGAAAUGAACGAGGAGAAAAAACUCGACUUGAAUGGAAUUACGUUGAAAGGGUUCGACAUUAGCACUCAAACCAUUCCAACAAUGAAGGAAGAAGAUGAUAACUUUGUUGCAUUGGACUCAAUCGAUAAUCUCAAGCCAUAA